GUGCAUUUGAAGAGAAAAAAUAGAUCCAGUUAUUGCAGAAUUAAAUAACAAUCUCUACUUUAAUAUACUACAUACUAUGAGGCAAGCAAAUCUCAUUAAGUAUCUCAAACUGUUUGUUAUUAGCAGAUGCAGUCCAUGUGUAGCAUACAGCAAGAAAACCAAACCAUCAUUACACAUUUUCUCUUGCUGGGAUUUGAUGAUCUCCAGGAUUUGCAGCUAUUCCUCUUCUUACUUUUUCUCAUGAUCUACAUUGUGACCAUGAUAGGGAACAUUCUCAUCAUUGCUCUUAUUGCUUCAGACCCCAACCUUCACACCCCAAUGUAUUUCUUUGUGGGAAAUUUAUCCUGCUUAGAGACUUGCUAUAGCUCAACCCUUCUACCAAGGAUGCUAGUCAGCCUUUUAACUGCAGAUGGACUUAUUUCUGUUAGAGGAUGCAUUGUACAAUUCUGGUUGUUUGGAUUUCUAGUAGCAACAGAAUGUUAUCUGCUGGCAGUGAUGUCUUAUGAUCGCUACCUUGCAGUAUGCAAGCCACUUCAUUACAUAUCUAUUGUGGAUACUCGUUGCUGCUUUCAGUUAGUGUUAGUAUCAUGGUUCAGUGGCAUGGUUAUGGUCACCACAAUUACAAUAAAAAUGUCACAGUUAAAUUUCUGUGCUCCAAGUGAAAUGAACCAUUUCUUUUGUGACUUCAUGCCUUUGAUGCAACACAUUUGCUGUGGUUCCCAUCUACUCCUUUUGUCCAGUUUUGUAACUACUUCUGUGGCAACCUUUCCUCCAUUUUUGCUUACCCUGGCUUCAUACAUCUCCAUCAUCAUCACCAUUCUGCGAAUCCCUUCUGUUACAGGAAGGAAGAAAGCCUUCUCCACUUGCUCAACUCAUCUUAUAAUUGUUACAAUGUUUUAUGGGACAUUAAUAGUUGUAUAUAUGCACCCCAAGACUGUAGCUCUCAGCAAAAUGAACAAAUUUGUCUCCCUCUUUUACACAGUCUUUACACCUCUUUUCAAUCCUCUGAUAUACAGCCUGAGAAAUAAGGAAGUGAGCAAAUCCCUCAAAAGAGCUUUCAGGAAAUAUGUGACAUUUUAAAAAAUACUGGCAGUGAUUUCUAUUCAAAAUAAAUGAAUAUAAUUCAUAGGGAUGUGAAAGAAAUCAGCUAUAACACAUCAUUCUCAGAUCAAAUAUUUUGUAAAACAAUGUAUAUUAAGAAAACUAUGUAUAAAAAGGGAUAUCAUAGGCAUUUGCAUAAAAAUAGCAUAUACUAUAUAAAUGACUGAUGAUCAAAAGAGUAGAUUAUUUAAUUUCUUUCUUAGCUUUUUUAUAGUAUCAACCAUUAUUGUUCAGUAGUUUAAUUGCAUUAAAACCAUAUACAUUACUGAGCUUUGUUCAUGUUUAAAUAAGAAAAAUAAAAAAAAAUAGCAAACCAUCUAAAAAAUAAACGUAGGUAAUACAGAUCAAUUUUAGACUAAUCCAAACAUAUGUAUUCCAGAAAUAAUCUUGAUAUGUAGUUGUACCUUGAAAAGGGAUGCAUAAUUACAAUUUACUUUUCCUGCUAUUUCCUUGAUGCAUUGAGAAGUGAAGCAAUUACAAUUUCUCCUGCUCAUAUUUUGUCUAGCAAUUACCUAAUCUGAAAACAUUUAGCAACUAAAACAUAAAACACUUUAUAACACCUUCUACGUUACACACUUGGAAUAUUGCAUCCAGUUUUGGUCACCAGUUUUUGGUCACCGCUUUUGGUAAAAAAGAUGUUCAGACUCUAGAAAGUACAGAGAAGAGCAACAAAGAUUAUUAAGGGACUGGGGGGUAAAACAAACCCUGGAAUUUGGUAUGUCUAGUUUAAUAAAGAGAAGGACUAGGAGUGACAUUAUAGCAGUGUUCCAAUUUCUCAGGGGUUGCCAGAGAGAAGACAGAGUCAAGCUAUUCUCCAAAGCACCUGA